AACAAUUUCAUGUUAGUCAUGUACAUAGGUGUCUCCCAAUAUUUAGAAGUGACGUCAAGCCUCGAUUUCAAUCUACAGUACAGGUGUUUUCCUUUCUAUUUAUAGGUCGCAUACAUGUGCAUUUGUUUACGUAAGUGUAUUGAUGGACUGACAGUGAAACAUCUCCGCGCAAUGAGUACGAAGUGUUUAGGAGCAGUUGUCUUUGGUGCUGGAAUCGCCGGCAAGGUCAGGAUACGAGAUAUAUCAGCGUGUGACAGCGGGGUUGUCGGUGCGAAACUGGUAGGCUUCGUAUCAAGACGACAGCUUGAAAUAGAUGGCGCUAUACAAAUUACAGAAGAUGAAGCGUUCCAACGACCGGAUGUUGAUGUUGUUUUAGUAUGCACGGAACCAGGUGCCCACGAACCUGUUAUAAGGAAAGCACUGGCAAAUGGGAAGCAUGUCCUCGUGGAGUUUCCCGUAUGUAGUUCAGCUUCGGUUACCAGCGAGUUAUUAUCCGUCGCUACAGAAAAGGGCUUGGUACUGCACGAAGAGAACAUCGCUCUAUUAACGCCAAGUCAUCUUUCCAUGAAGGAAAGGUUAGAGAAAACAAACUCUACUAUUUUGAAGGGAGAACUGCAACUUUCCGCAAACUACAACGGUUGGGUUGAAGAUUUUCAGAAGUCAGGUGGACCGUUUUGUGUAAAUGUGUCCCUGAUACAAACUUUUUAUGACCUGCUUGGCAAUGACCUUCAAGCAACAGGAGGUCAACUAGAGAUAAACGAGGCUGGCUUCACAGCCACGGCCACACUGACGUGUUCAAAAUGCAGAGAUCUGACCAUAACUUUACGAAGAAGUAAAGAACGACAACCUCGGAAUAAAAAAAUGACGUUUACUUUAGAAGAUGGAACUAUUAUAGAUGAUACUCCAGGAGUUACUCCCCCUCCUGCAGAAGGUGUCCCACAACCAUCAAAGAAACCGGGGUUAUUUAUGCAAGAUUUUCUGCAGUUUGUUGACAAGGUAAAAGGAGUUAAGGACUCGGGUGCAAACACAGCUAGAACAUUGCAUUGUAUCCAGGUAGCCGAGAAUAUACAUAGAUUUAUGGGACUAGAAUUACAAAAACUCUGAAAAAAUGAUUAUGCUAUCUAAUAAAAUUAACAGUCAU